GUGGAGGAACCUUCAAUGGCUCAAUCGGUCGCCCAAGGACAGGGGCCUGUCAGGAGACCGAGCUGAGAGUUGGCCCUCCUCCAACUUGGCGUUCUCGAUUUUUAUCUUCCGUAGCAGCGCGCCUCGUGUCCCUUUCUUCUUGUUUUUGCGCUUCGUUUCUCGCGUCCAUUCUUUUCCCUCCCGGAACUGACUCUCGCUUUCUCCGAAUGCCGCGCGCCGGGACGCAAUAGCAGCAACACCCCCCGUCUGUCGACGGCCGUCGUCCACCGCUUCUGACGGCGCAACCCACCGAGCAUCGAAGGACUACCUCGGUACCGGCCAGCACAUCGUCUGCCGUCGCCAAGAUGAACCGCCUCGGGUUGGCGGGCACCAAAUGCAGGCGCCUCUUCACCCGCCAGACACUCUUGAUCGCGCUCGCACUAUGCGUCAUCUGGAUACUCGGUGUGCAGUUCCGCGGUGACAUUUCGCAACAAUGGUCAGAGUUCGGGUUACCAGACACGCGGACACGACCAGACCGCAUGCCGACACAUAACGUACUGCCACCACUUGCCGAACGCGUGGCUUGUCAUGGCCCCCGUGGCCAUCUGCUCGGGCAAAGCCCCGACGACGAUUUGGUGGAGAGCGAAGUGGAUGGCCCGUACCCAAUGCCUUGGGCGGGCAACUACGAGGAAACGGGCCUCAACCUGACCAUGAUGUCGGUGCGGCAACGAUACGGACCCUACGGUUUCGGCGAGGACCGCAGCGACUACAAGAGGCAAAAGGUGCAGUGGGACCAGGUAGACUGGGGCCAGCUGCAGAACGACUGUUUCCAGCGCAACCGGGACCGCUUCCCGGCCGCCGCGACCCGGUUUGACGACACUCGCAUCGCGAAGCCCCGUUUCAGCCUCCGCGAGUCCUCCCAGAUCCCCCAUAUCCGCCACUGGCACGAGUUCGAGCCAUCACGGCGCACGGCCAUCGUGAUUCGCGCCUGGCGCGGGUACAAGUACCUCCCGGAGGACAUGUACUAUAUCCGGUCCGUCAUCGCCGAGACGGCCCUCAAGACGGGCGGUGAGUACCAGGUCAUCUUGCUCGUGGACAUGAAGGACUAUGAGGGCUACGAGAACGACAUCUUCUCGUCCGAAGAUGCGUACAAGAAGGGCCUCGAGGACGCCGGCGUCCCGCCCGAGUUGCAGUCCAUCGCCCUCCUGUGGUCCGUCCGCCUGCUGGAGGAUUGGUAUCCCAGGAUAGAGGAGCACAGGACUAUGUGGCAGGUGUUCCAGCCGAUGCAGCUCCUCGCGCUGCACUACCCCGAGUUCGACCACUUCUGGCAGAUCGAGCUGGACAUGCGGUUCCUCGGCGACGCGGGCAAGUUCCUGGACCGGCUCUCGGCGACGGCGCGCAACGAGCCGCGCAAGCAGGCGCUCGAGCGGUCCAGCUUCUGGCACAUGAUCGCCGAGACGGGCGACUACGGCGAGUUCUUCGACGCGGUCAACGAGGCCAACCGGGGCGGGUCGCACGCGUGGGGCCCGAUGCGGGUGCGCGAGAUCCUGCCGAUCGGGCCCGAGCCGCCCGUGGCGGACCCGCGCGAGGAGAACUUCGAGUGGGGCGUCGGCGAGGAGGCCGACGUGGUCACCACGUCGUACUGCAUGGACGCCAACAUCCCCAACGAGUGGGCCUUCAAGACGUGGAUCUACGGCCUGCGCACGGGCGUCAAGACCCCGCGCUUCUACUGCCCGCCCGCCAUCCAGCGCGGCUCCCGCAACCUCUACCUCGCCAUCCACCAAGCCCAGCUCGAGCUGGGCAUCCGCAUCCCCUCCGAGGCGACCCUGCCGUCCUUCGCCCUCUGGCACGGCCUCAAGCUCAGCUUCCCGCAGCACCCCGUCUUCCACCGCGACAAGGACGACCACGAGAACCGGCGCGGGUGGUGGCGCGGCGGGCCCCGCGCCAGCUCCACGGGCCUCGGGCCCGACGCCGCCGCCCACCCCAACGGCCGCGGCCUGAGCUUCUGGUGGGAGUCGACGUGGGCCAAGAACGUCUUCAACGAGUGGUACGGCCGCAAGCUCGACGCCGGCAAGCCCCGCCCCUGGAUCAUCAAGGAGUGGGACGGCGAGCUGUGGCUGCCCAACAUGAUGCUCCAUCCCGUCAAGCACGUCGCGCCCAAGUAAAGAGGUGGUGACGCCGUACGCCGUACGUAAUGAGGGGUGAGUGGGUGGGUGGCAUGGAAAGGGAAAAAGGGCCGGGAUCUAAUGGCGGGCAUGGGUCAUGUCCGGUGGGGCAAUGGAGGUAUGAGGGGAGACGUGACGAUUUUUGCAUGGUCUAUCAUCUGGCGUUGUCGUUUGUGUCAUGGGGGAGAAGGGAGUUUGAGUUUUAGAGGCUGCCUUCCAUUGCUGGGUUGCUUGCUUGGGUCCGGACAUCCAUGCCUGUGGUCGCAUAUUCGUAGUAUAUAUCCGGUUAAUCCUAUUGUGCUUUUCCUGUUUUUUAUUUUGUUCUUGUAUCUAGAUAAGUAGCAAGACGAUGGUUAUCUGAG